GGAGACACGGAGAGAGACAGAGGCUGCGGUCGCGUCGUCACUCCACUUCUCACCGCGAUAACUCUGGAUUUUUAUUUUAAAACACACACACACAUAAAAAUCAAACGCCAUCAAUAACAAAAAGGCAGAAAGAAAAAUAACAAUAAAAGUGAACGACGUGUCCUCCACCUGAUGUGAAAGGAAGAAGGAGAGAGAGAAAGAAAGAAGAGGAAAGAACGAAAGAAAGAAAGGAGAGCAGAUCAAAGAGAAGAGAAGGAGACAUGGGAGCGUUCAGGUUGCUGCUGAGGAGUUUGCAUUACAUGGGACUCUACAUUCAACUUAGUGUCUCCACGAGACAAGCUGGACACGGCGAGGUAGAGAACCACAUCUCUGGGAACGCCAUGUUCACAGAGGUGCCUCAUGAUAUGACCGCCCACAGAGGCCAGGAUGUGGAGAUGGCCUGCUCCUUCAGAGGAGCGGGGAUGCCCUCGUAUUCCCUGGAGAUCCAAUGGUGGUACAUCAGGAACCAUCUGGACUGGACAGACAGACAGCCAUGGACAACCAACGAAGUGGCUCCUGAGGAGGAGAUGCCGAAGGAUGCUACAAAGAUAAGCGUUGUGAAGGUCGUUGGAAGCAACAUUUCCCAUAAACUCCGCCUCUCCCGAGUCAAGCCAUCUGACGAGGGCACCUACGAAUGCCGGGUCAUUGACUUCAGCGAUCAUUCGGGCGUCCGCCACCACCGCGUCAGGGCCUACCUGCAGGUGGUGCAAGAGAGCGACAUUACUGACAACAACCACAAUGACAACUUCGAGGUCGUGGAUGAUACCAAGAGAGGAGUCGGGUUCGUUGACAGUGACGAUGUGGAUUCUCGCGGUGGCGGCAGUGGUCAUGCUCAUAGCCACCACCAGGGUCACGGGCACCACCAGGAGCGCGGCAAGCAGCCUUCGUCGUCGCCGGCUCACCGCGGUCACAGCAGCAGCAGCAGCAGUCAGCAGCAAAAGGCAGGCAGAGAGCUGAGGAAGAGGGACGUGGACAGUAACCACAGCCACAAUGACUGCACCAAUGAGCCCAGCUGUGCCCUGUAGAUGCAGGCUCAGUAUACCUGAGUGAUAGAUUACGUUAGGAUUGCAUAACAUGAUGCGUGUCACAGCAUAAAAAGCUAUAAUUCCAACACAGUGCAGACCUGUGCACACAUCCACAAUCCCUAGAAAUGUACAGUAUAAGUUAUUGAGAGCACAGGGCUGCAACCUGUGCAGGGAAUCUAGCUUUUUUUCUUGCUGGGCCUGGGUUGGACUGCUCACUGUCUGUAAAGCCUGGCUUCACGAUAUUCAGCAAAUGGGGUGCUGACAUUUAGAUUUAGGCAGCUCCACUAUUCCUGGUCUCAGCACCAAAAACACAAGACUCUUUCCCUACUAUUAACCAAUGCUGUGUUCCGCUCUACUAAAGAUACUGUAAAUAACACAACCCUGCUUUCACACUCACACUUCCUCCACUGCCUUACUGUUACAUUUGAUUUACCCUUCGCUAAUAUUAUACCUUUUGAAACUAGGUCUAUUGCCAGAAAAAAAAAAAUGUUCCUUUUAUUCUGAGAGCACGCUAAAUUAAACACGCCAUUAAAUAUCUCCUUGAAAAUUCUGUCCUUAGCUUUUUGGCUACAGCAAAAAAGCUCAUUGUGAAUUCAAAUAGCGGACAUGAAUAUGGUGCAACAUUUGUAUCUGGCCACAAUCCAGCACGUUCUCCUGCGUUUUCUCUCUGGAAUAAAGACACAUGCUUUAUUCAGUGGUGAUUCAUCAAAUUCCCACAGCAGCAGUGCUCAUCAAGGACAGAUGCAUCUUCUUUUCAUUUCAUUUGGAGUAAAUACAGUGGCAGUAUGGAGCAUGUGGGGAUUUUACCACCACGUUUGUGCACAAUUCAAACAAAUCACAUCAUAGUCUGUAUUUCCCCCAUAGCUCUUUUGAGUUUAUGAACAGCAGUACAACAGAAUUGUGAUUUAUUUUUUCUUUUCAUUCACUCCUUGUGCUUCAGGUUCGAUCCAUUUAUGGCUCUUCAGACCGAGAAAAAUCUAUUGAAUAUUUCCAUGGGGACUGCACCUGUUUGGAAAAGCCACAAAAAGAUCACAUGGGUGCUGUUAAAUUAAAAAUCUGACUUGGUGUCCCUCUGAAUCUGGACCGUAAAGGAAUGGAAGAAAUGAGACCUUUGGUGCAACUCGGCUCUGACCCAGUGCUCAUCAAUCAUUAAAAAGCCUCAACAAGCCUCUAAUCUGCUCUGUAUAUAUGACUGUAUUAUGUAAAAUAAAGUGAGUGCAUGUUCAGUAAAUUUUCUUAAAAACUUUUUCAACCAACCAUACACAAAGACGGUGUGUUUGUUAGUUAAGGACAUUUUUGUUAUUUAUUCGUUUGGUUCAAUUAAAAAAUUGUCCAUUCUGUUCUGAAUCUCUGUUUUCUCCUUUAGAGGUCUUGUCAGAUAGAUAAGUUUCUUCCACUGUAGAUCUUUGUUGCUUUACUGCUCUCCAAAAGUGCUGUACAGACAAACGAAUGACACAUUCUCUUCAUAGCUGCUCAAACAGGGGCUUUCCCUAAUGUAUCUUAGUACCUAAUGCAGUGUUUCUGAAAAUACAGUACUGUAUGUGCAGGACCACAAACAUCAUAUUUUAAGACGCCUGAACACUGGAUUCAUUUCAUGCAGUUUUGGUUUGAGAAGCCAGUUUACUUUUUUGCCAUUUUUGUAACUCAAUUAUAUUCUCUUUGCAUAGCUGCUGGUGUGAAGCUCUGGCCCAGUCUGUAAGGGUUACUAGAGGCCUGUGGAGUGGGGCAUAUUGGACACUCUGUCGGGAUCCAACAGGAUGACAUGAACUUUUCACACUGUGAGAGUGAAAAGUAAGAGAAAAAUAAAAAAAAAGGAACACUGAAAUUGUCUCAAGGCCAUGAGGGGUUUUACUUUUCUGCUGUAGUGUCCGUCAGAGGAACAGCAUGUGGGCAGUGAAGGUCAGUGGUCAGUCGAAUUUUUCUUUUCAAACUAUAUCUUUGAUUUGAUGUUUUGUAAAGAAGAGAUCACUGUUAAAAAUAGGGUUAGUGUACAUUUGGGUUAAGGUUAUGUAAAUGUACAUUUCUUCUAGAAUGUUUGGUCUCACACUAAGUGUAUGCCUUUAUCAAAUGAAAUAAAUUGUAUAAAAAACAAAACAA